CAGCGGGCAAUCGAAGUCGCAACUUUUUUCUUUUCGUUCGAUCAAAAUGACAAUMUUCUCCAAAACAGUUAGUUUUAACGAUCUGGUGCCUCUSUUGCCGUAUUUAGAAAUACCACAGUCUCUUAGAGCAGUAUUUUCUUUUACAAAUUUCGUCCAUGCGUUAUCUGGAGCAAUCGGCAGUGUCACUGCUAUGACAACAUUUUAUCCAUUGGACACUGCWAGAACAAGAUUGCAAGUUGAUGAUAACAGGAAAUCAAAAGGAACUUUUAAUGUUUUAAAAGAAAUAAUGCAAGAUGAAGGAAUAAAGUCCUGGUAUCGUGGAUUAGGACCUGUAUUAUUCAGUCUCUAUUGCUCCAAUUUUCUUUACUUCUACACCUUCAACAGUCUUAAAGCAGUGUUUCUUAAAAACAGACACUCCUCCUCCAAAAGACAAGAUUUACUUUUUGGUUACAUUUCUGGUUUGGUCAAUGUUCUUCUUACAACCCCCCUAUGGGUCGCAAACACAAGGUUGAAGCUACAAGGUGUUAAAUUUAGGUCUCAGAAUUUGGAAAGUGAAAACUGCAAGCAUAAAUAUUCAGGAAUAAUAGAUGUCAUAACUCAAAUUGUUCAAGAAGAGGGAGCUCUAAGUCUGUGGAAUGGUAUCGGUUCAUCUGUGUUUCUUGCUGGCAACCCUGCCAUUCAGUUUAUGGUUUAUGAGAGUAUAAAAAGGUUUCUUCGAAGAACAGGAAAAAUGAAACUCAGUGCGACAGAGUUCUUUUUGAUAGGAGCAAUUGCCAAAGCAGUAGCAACAGUUUUAACGUACCCAUUACAGAUUGCACAGUGCAAGCAAAGGGCUGGUUAUCAAGAAACCAAGCAACACACUCACCUCCUGUCAUUGCUGUCUAAAUUAAUGAGAGAGAGAGGCUUUCUAGGGUUGUACAAGGGAAUGGAGGCAAAGCUUCUUCAAACUGUCAUGACAGCAGCUCUUAUGUUCUUAGCUUAUGAAAAAAUUUCAGCUUUUAUAUUUGCAAUGAGCAGAAGAAUGGUGAAACGAUAGAUAUAUAUAUAUUGGUGACUGGUUUCUGCCAUUGACAAACUUCAGUAACUCAGACUUCAGAUGUAUUCAGUGACGUAAGACAAAAACAUCUUGGUUUAAAGUUGUUUUAUGUAUUUAUAUUGCUUGUUGCUACUCUGUUUAGCAUUUUAUUUAAAACGUCCUUUUGUUGCUUCACUUCGGCCAUCAAUACCUGAACCCUGUACAAAGAUUGUUGAUAUAACUCAUUAGAGAACUGCAAGAAUUGAACGGAA